GUUUGCGACUGCUCCAAUGAAAGUGACAAUUGAUUAGUCAUGUCUCAUUCAGUUGAUUCGGAUUAUGUGACAUUUUUAUUUUUAGAACUUGGCUUGUGGUUUAUUUGUUGCGCCAGUAUUAUCCUGACAGCACGCCGAGGUUGCAUAAUGUGUGUUUCUAAGCACAGCGCUCCAUGACCAUGAUGGAUGACGGAACUUCUUGCGAGAACACUCCGGACCUAAGAGACAUAGAGGCGAAGAUCGGCCGCAAGACCCCCGAGGGCUUGCUCAGGUGGAUGCGGGAUGAGGCAGCCUCUCUCCGGGGAGAAGACAAACUGGCCCCCGCCGCGCAGGAAACCACCAAGGAGACUGGAAAGAAAAGCCUCGAUGAAAAGAUAACAAUAUUGAAGACCGAGAUGGCACACUUGCGCUCGGCGGACAUUAAGAUCCUACAGCAGUUGCUGGCCGUCCACGAGGGCAUCGAGGCAGUCAAAUGGUUGCUGGAAGAGCGCAGCACGCUCACCAGCCGAUGCAGCAGCCUGACCAGCAGCCAGUACAGUCUGGGCGAAGGCCCCGACACCUCCUGGAGAGGCUCCUGGAGCAGCCUUCACGACUCCAACGACAAGCUGGACAACAUUUCCAUCGGCAGUUACCUGGACACCCUGGCCGACGAUAUGGAUGAAUACUGUCCCUCCAGCUCAGAGUCGGUGGUCGUCUGCUCUUCCACGCCGCAGGUCUCCGAGGCUCCCGCGGGGGGCCGGACGGCGGAGGUCUCCUCGGCCAAGGUCUCUGCUACGGCGACUGGACAGAAGCCUACAGAGACUGGCCAUGGAGCUCCAAUUGACAUUCACUCCCGAUCAAACGAGAACCUUAUCAGUGAUGUCAAUGGAAACGGGGUCGCUGGAGGUGAAAGGGGAAAGAUAUUCGUUCCCAACAACAUUCCAGAAGCCAAGCCAGAGGCUUUAGUUUGCACCAAGUUGGCGGAGGCAGGCUCGGUUUCUUUGAACGCUACCUUGAGCCAGAGCACCAAGGCCAACGGGAAGGUGGAGAAGACGACGGCGACCGGCAGCCGCGCUCGCAUGGCCCUCAAACAGAGCCCCAAAUGUAAAGCUUACAAAAAUGGGAAGGUUGACUUGGAUACUUGCAAAGUUGGAAACGGCAGAAUGCAUCUGGAGUAUGAUGCUCACUGGCGCUGGGUGCAGUCACAAGAAGAUGUGACCUUUUUGUGAAACUACUGAGCAGCCAAUCAUGUCUACAAAUGGGCUGGAAAGAAAGCAACUUAUAAUAAUGUGAUUAUUAUAUUAUUUUCACUUUGAACUUACAAUGGUACCAGUCCUGUGCAGGUGUGUUUUCUCAGGCUACCUUUUAGCUUCUACGUAUUUCAACCCCAAGCACAGCGAAAGGAUCUCCCUGAAACAUUAUUGUUGCCGUUCACCCCAAAACACUCCUUCUUAAUACGACUUUGUAUUUAACAGCUUAACAACCAUUUUUCUCCUGGCUAUAAAUAAUAUAUCUUGAGCUAUUGUGAAGGUUGUCUCUAUCAAGAAUCUACACCGUGUCAGUGUCGUAGACCAAAGUCGACCCAUUGGGCUCACCCAAUUUUGCUACAUGCUAAUACAAUGAAUUAGUGUGUGAUCUGUUAGCAUGAUUGUCUCAAACAAGUGGCGCUAGUUACUUGAGCUAAAUGUCAAGGGUGUUCCCCUCAUUCUCCAUCCCCGUGAUGCAAAUAGUUGUCUUCUACUGAACCCUCAAUGGUUAACCUACUACCAUGGGUAGUACCGGCCAUACGUUGAUGUCAAAGUACUUUCCAUGGCUAGUUGGAGGUCCAUUUGGAAUAUGCCUUCUCUGUCACACCCAAAAUGUUGACUUGUUUAUUGCAAGCACAUUUGUGCCUGAUUGCUGGAAACCUUAAAUAUGAUGUACAUGCUUGUUCCUUCCUUCCUUCCUUCCUUCCUUCCUUCCUUCCUUCCUUCCUUCCUUCCUUCCUUCCUUCCUUCCUUCCUUCCUUCCUUCCUUCCUUUCUUUCUUUCUUUCUUUCUUUCUUUCUUUCUUUCUUUCUUUCUUUCUUUCUUCCUCCCUUCCUCCCUUCCUCCCUUCCUCCCUUCCUCCCUUCCUCCCUUCCUCCCUUUCUCCCUUUCUCCCUUUCUUCCUUUCUUCCUUUCUUCCUUUCUUCCUUUCUUCCUUCCUGCCUUUCUUCCUUCCUGCCUUUCUUCCUUUCUUCCUUUCUUCCUUCCUUUCUUCCUUCCUUUCUUCCUUCCUUCCUUCCUUCCUUCCUUCCUUCCUUCCUUCCUUCCUUCCUUCCUUCCUUCCCUAUCUCCCUCCCUCCCUCCAAACGGAUGCACUAUUUCUGUGGUAUCGGGUUAUCAAUGUAUUUUGCCUGCUCCUGCCUUCUGCUUGUGUGUUUAAAGGGGCGAGACCGAGACCGAGACGAGCGUUUUGACCGGACAGGUGAACGCAUGACUUUCGAAAUAAAACUCCGUUAACAUUCUGAUCAAUCAAA